CAUCAGCUCGAUCUUACCUUUCUUUCUAUCUUUUGUGCACUCUCCUCUCCUCUGCUCGAAGCUUUUGGUGUAUAGAUUCAGAAAGGUGUGUUAGACGAAGAAAAUGGAAGCUAGUAAGAGAGAGUAUAUAAGGAGGUACCAUAAGCAUGAGCUUGAGAGGGAGAAUCAGUGUAGCUCUACUCUUGUUAAACACAUCAACGCUCCUGUCCAUAUCGUAUGGUCACUUGUGAGAAGAUUCGAUCAGCCACAAAAAUACAAACCAUUCAUCAGUAGAUGUGUGGUUAAAGGAAACAUGGAGAUUGGUACCGUAAGAGAAGUUGAUGUGAGAUCAGGGUUGCCUGCUACUAGAAGCACUGAGAGGUUGGAGUUGCUUGAUGAUAAUGAGCAUAUUCUCAGCAUCAGGAUCGUCGGUGGCGAUCACAGACUCAAGAACUAUUCUUCAAUCAUCUCUCUUCACCCUGAGACCAUAGAAGGAGGAAGAAUAGGGACAGUUGUGAUUGAAUCUUUUGUGGUGGAUGUACCGGAAGGGAACACAAAGGAUGAGACUUGCUACUUUGUGGAGGCUCUUAUCAAUUGCAAUCUUAAGUCUUUAGCUGAUGUCUCCGAGCGUCUUGCAGUUCAAGACAGAACAGGUUCCCCAUGAACAAAAGUCUAAGAGAACAAGGAAAGCAUGUGGAGUCGAGAGAGAGAGAGAGAGAGAGAGAGAGAGAGAGAG